AUGGACGACGAGCCAAAACGGAGCCAGACGCCGCUCCCAAAUCAGCAUCUUCUGCCUUCCAUCCCUCCCUGCUGCGGAGAGAGAGUUGUUUGUGCGGCUCGCACGCAGCUGCCAGGACCUGCCCCAGGAAUGGCCGCUGCUCCCUCCUCACGUGACAGCCUGAGAAAAUGUGAUGUUGAUGAAUGCCAGGCUAUCCCUGGAGUCUGCCAAGGAGGACACUGCAUUAAUUCAGUAGGUUCUUAUGAGUGCAAGUGUCCUGUUGGUCACAAACAGAACAAGGAAACUCAAAAAUGUGAUGAUAUUAAUAAAUGUAAUGGGGAUGCCAACAUCUGCCUCUUUGGGUCUUGUACAAACACCAAAGGAGGUUUCCAGUGCAUUUGUCCUACAGGUUUUGUGCUCUCUGAUAAUGGACGGAGAUGUUUUGAUACUCGUCAGAGCUUCUGUUUCACUAACUUUGAGAAUGGGAAAUGCUUAGUGCCAAAGGCUUUCAACACCACAAAGGCAAAGUGUUGCUGCAGUAAAAUGCCAGGAGAAGGAUAGGGUGAUCCUUGCGAGCUCUGUCCAAAGGAAAAAGAAGUUGCUUUUCAGGACCUGUGUCCUUAUGGUCAUGGAACUAUUCCUGGAAUUAAUGAUACCCAUGAAGAUGUCAAUGAAUGCCUUGAGAGCCCAGGAAUUUGCUCCAAUGGUCACUGUAUCAAUACUGAUGGAUCGUUCUGCUGUGAGUGCCCCAUGGGAUACAGCUUGGAUUUUACUGGAGUACAUUGCAUCAAUACUGAUGAAUGUUCAAUUGGCAACCCGUGUGGAAAUGGUACGUGCACUAAUGUGGUUGGCAGUUUUGAGUGCAGCUGCCAUGAAGGAUUUGAGCCAGGCCCAAUGAUGAAUUGUGAAGAUAUAAAUGAGUGUGCUCAGAACACCUUGCUGUGUGCUUUUCGUUGUGUUAACACCUAUGGUUUCUACGAGUGCACCUGCUCAGUCGGGUACAAACUAAGAGAAGACAGAAAGAUGUGCAAAGAUCUAGAUGAGUGUGCUGAAGGUCUCCAUGACUGUGAAUCAAGAGGCAUGAUCUGCAAAAAUUUGAUUGGUACCUUCCUGUGCAUUUGCCCUCCUGGAAUGACCUGGAGACUACCUGAUGGAGAAGGAUGCACAGAUGAAAACGAGUGCCGGACCAAGCCAGGUGUCUGUGAAAAUGGUCGUUGUGUGAAUGUUGUUGGGAGCUACAGAUGUGAAUGUAAUGAAGGGUUCCUAUCAAGUCUAUCAGGCAUUGAGUAUCUUGAUAAUCACCAAAGGUUUUGCUUUGCUGAAGUUCUACAAACAAUGUGUCAGAUGGCUUCCAGCAGCCAGAAUCUUGUCACUAAAUCUGAGUGCUGCUGUGAUGGAGGCCAGGGCUGGAGGAACCAGUGUAUGCAAUUCAAUGCCCGCUGCCCAGAACCGUACAAGAAACUCUGUCCCCACGGACCAGGCUAUACCACAGAUGGAAGAGAUAUUGAUGAAUGUAAGGUCAUGCGAAAUCCAUGCAGAAAUGAACAGUGUAUUAACACAAUGGGCUCCUUCCAAUGCUUCUGCAAAGCUGGUCGCACCACUGACAUCAGUGGCACAUCUUGUGAUGACAUUGAUAAGUGCUCCCAGUCUCCUAGACCAUGCAAUUUUAUCUGCAAGAACUCAGAUGGGAGCUACCAGUGCUCAUGCCCUCGGGGCUACAUCCUUCAGGAAGAUGGAAAGACAUGUAAAGAUCUUGAUGAAUGUCAAACCAAACAACACAACUGUCAGUUUCUCUCCUCCCUUGGAGGCUUCACAUGCAAAUGUCCACCUGGUUUUUAA